GCGCGAAUAAACGGAGGUCUUCACUCGAGAGUCGGAAAUGGCGGGGGGUGUUGUGCAGCGGUUUGGGAAGUGGUUUUGGAAUGAAGAUGUUUGGUUGCCUCCGAACUUCACAUGGGCGGACAUUAAGAAUACGGAGAAAGUUAAAUACGCCCAGUUUGAUGACCUGUACUAUGGAUUCCUGGUGGCUCUAGUACUUCUCGUUAUACGCUAUACGCUCGAAAGGCUGGUGUUUUGCCCACUGGGUGUGCGGCUGGGCCUGCGACAGCGGGUGCGCAAGGCCCCCGACAACCAUGUGCUGGAGAAGGCAUACCUCAGCAAUGGCAAGAUGGGCACCCAGCAGGUGCAAGGGCUGGCCCGCCAACUAGAGUGGACAGAGCGCCGCGUCCAGCGCUGGAUUCGGCAGCGCGUUCUUCAGGAGAAGCCCUGCACCCUGGACAAGUUCACCGAGAGCACGUGGAGGUUCACGUUUUACUUCAGCAUAUUUUGCUAUGGAUUGUACACACUAUCAGACAAACCUUGGUUAUGGGACACGAUGCACUGCUGGUAUGACUAUCCUCACCAUGCUGUCACCAAUGACCUUUGGUGGUACUACAUGAUUGAGCUGGGGUUCUAUGUGUCACUGACAAUGUCACAAUUCAUUGACACCAAACGCAAGGACUUCUGGCAGAUGUUUGUCCACCACAUCCUCACCAUAGUACUGUUGUCACUGUCAUGGGCCUGCAACCUGCACCGCAUAGGCAGUCUGGUGCUCAUUGUGCACGACUUUGCUGACGUGCCACUGGAGGCAGCUAAAAUGGCCAAGUACGUAAAACGUCAGCGCCUUGCAGAUGCUGCCUUCGCUGUGUUCACCCUCUGUUGGUUGGUGUCCAGGCUGGGGCUCUACCCGUACAGGGUCAUCUACUACACUAUGUUUGAGGCAGUGAAGGUGAUCGAGAUGUUUGCUGCCUACUACAUCUUCAACUCACUGCUGGUCGCCCUGCAAUUCCUGCACAUAGUCUGGACUUGGAUGAUUGCUCGAAUGGCGCUGCAGGCCAUUACAAGCAAUGGGGUCAAGGACUUGCGCAGCGAUGAUGAGUCAAGCAGCCAGGAGGACGAGAAGACCUCUCAGAACCACGAUUCCGGCGACUUCAAGCGGCAUAAGAGCCGCAAAGCCGACUAGAGCCGAGCCAACCAUAAAGAAAAGGGCCAUGCACGAUCCCCCGUGACAACUGCCGACAUGCAUAGACACUUGCGGCUCUACGUCCCCUGUCAGCCCCUCUUUUUCACCCUUUUCGCUGGCGUUUUUGAUUUUCUAUUUCAUUCUCCCUUGUUUUUUUUUUUGUUUUCUUAAUAUCUUCUGAUGCCAGUUAAAUACCUUCAGAUGCCAGUUACUGUAAGUUGUGUGGCGAGGGGUAGGCUUAGAUUAUACUCGAAAAGAUUUCAGACUCAGGGUUAUAGGGUGUGAAUAAGAACCGUGUAGUGUCUCUCUUGUACGUGCAAGGGAGUUAUGGGGGUUCUGCUAUUUCCUUUUCCUGGCUUGCAACCACGCUGCAAAAGCUUAAGGUCACACCAUUGCUGGCGUAUGUAAAAAAUAAAGAUGUUAUUGAUGUCGUUUAGAUAGCCAUGAUCGAGGCAUAUGUUCAAUGAGCCUCUGGCGGACUUUGCUCAAAGCUUGGAGUUCACCAUACCUUAUUGCACCUUCGACAUUUUGCACUGGUGUGCGCUGGGGCACGUAGGUGUACCACUUUGUCCUAUUAUCAAAGUGCCUUGACACCCUGGUGGGCACUAGUGCGAUGUGUUGAAGACACCUUUAGUACAUCCAAUGGUUGCCUUCAUAAUGAUGCAAAUAUUCCUGCAUGCACCUGCAGCUGUUUUUUGAGCCAAGUCAUGAAAAUAUUCAGAUCUAUGAUUUUCAUUAAUAUAUAUAUUUUUUCCUUUUCACUUUAAGCUCGAAAAUGAAACUGUAUGCUUAUUUUCUGAGUAGUGAAAUGUGCCGCAUGUAUUUAAGCAGACAUGUGUAAUCAUUAUAUGGAGUGCGUCUUAUGCACCUAGGUGCCAGGCCAGCCUUUUACUCUUGCAGCGUGGUUUUCUGAUGUCUUGUCUUCUGGGUUCCUCAUUGUGUUGGGCUGCACAGCAGGCAAGUCUGUUCUUCCGCCACUGCACGUGCGAAACCUCUCCGGGCGCCACGAACUUUGGCCACUUCCUCACUAUGUUUUGAUAUGAGUGUCUCACAUUGCGGUGUAUGGUCUCAGUUGGAUUCUACUUACCCUCGAUAGGAGAGGGCAGCUUGCAUAGCCUGCAGAUGCAGCCAUAUGUGGCGGCAUUCAGUGCCAUAAACUCUAAUAUUGUGCGUGUUUUAAUCCUUUGCGACACAAGCUUCACUGUGAACAUGAGAGUGAUAACUGAGGCACAGAAGUAUGGGAGGUCCCGAAAGAGAGGAAGUGGUCACAGCGCGAGCGGUGUCCCUUUACGUGAGAUGGACAGCGCGGGUGGUGCGGUGUGGCUGGAGUGGGGGCAGCAUGUGACAAGCUGUGUGCACGCCCGUGGGGCGGCCCCUCUUGCUGCCAGGAGAGGUGGGCCGCUUCCGAUUCUUCUGUCCUUGUUCUCUGUCCUCUGUGCUGCUGCACCGUGGGUUGGAAGGUUUUCUUGAACAGCAAGGGUUAGCCGGACCUGGGGGCGUCUGCCGUGCAAGCAGUGCUGCUAGCACUGUAGCCUUUCAAAUUUUGUUUCAAACAAAGAUUACUUUUCAUGCAAGGUAUUGCAGUUCACCAGGUGCAUGAUCAAUUCGAAGGACUCUUCACACUGUGUUGCAGAUGUGUGAGAAGUUGAGUUGUCAAAGCUCAAAAACGCAAUUUGCUUGAGGGAUCGAUAACUUCUAACGGUUUUGAUGUCUGCAGGCAGCAUUGAACCGCUCAGUUCGUCUGAAAGCUGCACGCUUUGCAGUGCGGCUUGCAUGGUGGGGGCCCCUUUUUUGUUGCUAUUGGUGCGUCCGUUUGCUCGAGACGGGCUUCUAUGUGCCUAGUGCAGCAGGACUUCUUUAGCUUCUGUUUCAUUGACAGCACAUAACUUCAGCAACCCAGGAGGUCAUAGUAUAAUAGUUCUGCAGCUUUUGCCAAGGCUCUCCCCAGAGCUUGUCACCUACUUCAAAUCUGGGAUGCCUUGUGUUUAGCUUAGUUAAAGCACUGCCCUGGGUGGUAAGGAAGAUGGAAGCUGCAGGGGUCGGUCAGGCUACUUUAAAUCUCUCUUCAAAGGCACCGCUGGGACCUUUUCUCUGAGCCUGUACACUCUGAGCCGUGUUGGUCUGUGGCACUUUACUGAAGUGGGCCCUUGAGGAGCGUUGUGGGGGGUAGUGGGCUUGUCGCGAGAGUCGUUUUUUAAUCGUGGCAGCAGCUCGCAAGAAUGGUUGUGCCCAUUUGUGUGCAGUUUUGUUUGGUGCUCGUGUUUUUUCUCUCUUCUCUGUAUUUUAUUUUCUUGUUUACCGUUCAGCAAGGAAGCUUUUGUCAUUGUCUAGCGUAGUGGAAUUGGAACCAAAGAGUAUUUUUGUAUUUCUGCUGCUGCAACACAUGUAUGUUUUUCUUAACUGCUUUUGCCUCUGUGUUUUCUUUUGGUGCAUACCCUGCACAGUCGUCAUGGUUGCACAUGCACAGACAAGUACUUGGGGGUGAGCAGGCCACGCCAGAUUGUUGGUUGCGCCCGUGUACAGAGAGAAGUCAUUAGUGUGUAUAAUUCAGAUUCGUAAGCUGCCACCGGCUGUGUAACCGUUUGGUGGCAGCUGCUAAGCUGGACUGCGUUGAGUGUGUCGUGCUUGAGCCCACAUGCCUGCUGCGGCAACGUGCGUGCAUAGGAGGUGUUUUUUAUACCACGGGGGGUCCCAUGUGUCCAGUUCCUUUUCUGUUACUGCCUGUAUGUACCACUCUCACGCCGGGAGUACGGACAAGAAAAGAGCCAACUGUGGGUUGAUUCGUUUGCAAACCACAGUUUUCACACGCUUUUUCGAAGCAGUGCUGCUCCUGACGGUUGCACAAAACAUGUGCUGCUUGUGUUGGUAAUAAUUGGUGACGGACCAUCGUUGGGCCACACUCGUUCCGCUGCACCCCAACCAACGUGUGCACCUGCCAGCAAGAGCCUUUCCUCUAUGAUAGGUGGUGGCGUUCAUAAGUCGACAACGCCAUCUUCUAGGCCAUGUUUGCAAAUUGCAGACGGCACAGCUCCGCCCAGUUUCAGAGCGGCAGACAUGUGGGUAGAAAGUUGGGGCAGCGUUUCGCACGCUUUUUAAUAACUUGUGUGACAAGGGGUACUAUGAUGGAUGUCACCAAAUUUAGCUUUGAUAGUGGUAACCUGAACCAGUCGAGAAACUUCAUAGUUAGAUGCAUAUAUAGUAUAUGUGGACUGACAUGUCAAAUUAAAUUUGGCGAAAUUAACCGAUGUUUAGAACAUUACUCCCUCCCCUGUCUGCAUUGAGGGCAGAACUGUGCUGUAUGCGAGUGUUGAAAGUCUGAGGAAGGCGUGCUUGCAGCGUGUGUGUGUGUGUGUGGUCCGGACAAGCAUUCCUGCAUCGCACGGUGCGCCAGUGCCGCGUUUUGUUUUGUACCGCGGGUUCGCCAUUGCUGCACCCCUCUCCCUCCCAGCUUGUGGAUGGCGUCUCUGGAAUAAAGGCGUUAACCCAUGCGA